UGCUGGGAUUAAAGGCGUGCACCACCAGGCCUGGCUGCUAGAACUCAACAGUUCUUAAAAUUUAGAAUGUCCUUUUUUGCCCUGCAGACACAUUGUUCCCUCCCACGCUUUUUUGUUGUGGUUUUGAGAUAGGGUCUCUCUGUGUAGUCCUAGCUAUCCAGGAACUACAUAGAUCAGGUUGGCCUUAAACUCAUAAAGAUCUGCCUGCCUCUGCCAUCCAAGUGCUGGAACUAAAGGCCUGUGCCACCACGCCUGGCUCCCUCCCAUGCUUUAGACUAGCAUAGCCCUACUUACCUAGAUGACCUUCAGGAAGCCUCCACUGACCACCCUUGUCCUCUGAGGUGCUGCCACACACUGCACUGUUGUCACCACCCCCACGCUUUUUUUAUUUUUUUGAGAAGGGGUCUCACUUAGUCCAGCCCGGAACUGGCUAUGUAGCUUGGGCUGGCCUUGAACUUCUGAUCUUCCUGUCUCUACCUUCCAGACUCUGCGAUUAUAAUCACGCACAACUGUGCCUCUCUCUUCUUAGUUCUGUUGAGACAAGGCCUUGCAAUAAUGGUCUGGCUAUCCUGGUUUUUAAUAUGUAGCCUACGAUGACCUCAAACUCCUGACAAUCCUCCUGCCUCAGCUUUGCAAGUGCUGGGACUACAAGUAUGCACCAUGAUGCCUGGCUCUGAGGCCCAGCUGUCUCCUGCUCCUCUACCAGUUUGCAAAGCCAGAGAACAAGGAACCAGACUGGUCGGUGGUUAAGUCCGGAGCACCAGGCUGAGGAGCUGGCACACAGCAGGUACAUAGUGAAUGUAGUUGAAUGAAUACUCGACUCUCAGAGAUGACUUUGUCUCUUUUUUGGAGGACAUGGCUUGGGUGUUCUGAAGAGGGGCAGGUAAUGACAGGGCUGUGGCUUCCUGCAUUCCCUACUAAAAGGGUGUACUGGGAAGCCGCUGGGGUCACUAGAGAGGCCCAGUGAGCUGAGCCUGAAAUCAUGGGGUCGUUCUUGCUGAACCAAACUCUCUGGCUUCUGUUUUCUCACUCCUUGCCAGAAAUAAAUCAUGUUCUGAGUGACUGGAGUCAUUGCUCACAGCUCCGUGAGCUGGUGUAGGGUGGGGCGAGGGGGCAGUGGCCUUGGGGCUCCUGUCAGUAAAGGCCCAGGCCUUUGGGCUGGGGGGAGGGGAAGGAGUGGCUGGUCCUAUCCCUGGGAGGCUGCAGUCAUUGGGGGAGAGACAAUGGGGCUCAGCGUCUGCUCCUAGCUGGGAGAAGGGACCCUCCAGUGAAAAGCCAGGGAGAGCAGGGAAGUGUGGGAGGAAUUGAUGAGAAGGGGUGGAGCCAAGGAGAUGCAGCCCGGAGGAAGGAGGGAAGGGGAAGGAAGAGCGCAGGGAGGGGAGAGGAUCCAGGCUUCUCUUCUGCUCGGUGACCUGGUCCGGAGCCGCAGCUUCCCUCGCUUUGUCUGGGCCCGCCGAGACCUCACGUUUCUCGCCCAGCUGCAGCCCCAGUCCAAGGGCCAGGCAUCCAGCAGAAAUGCCCUCCUAGCCAGCCGCCACGGGAUGGAGGGCUUCAUGGACUCAGGGACACAGACGGACGCUGUGGUGGUGCUGUCCUUGGCUCAGGCUGCUGUGCUGGGCCUGGUCUCAGAAAAUGAGCUCUUUGGAGCCACCAUAAGUGCUGAGGCCUUCUACCCAGACCUAGGGCCAGAACUGUCUGGGACAGCCAUGGGGGAGCCGGGACCACCAGGACCCGACAUCUAUCAGCUGGCCUGUAAUGGGCGGGCCCUGGAAGAGCCCCCGGAAGAGGAGGUGUUGGAAGUAGAGGCAGCCUUUGAGAAGCACACCCGGAGGAAGACACGGCCCCCUGUGCGGCUGGUACCCAAGGUCAAGUUUGAGAAGGCCGAAGAGGAAGAGGAUCAGGAAGUGUACGAAGUAUCUGUGCCUGGUGAUGACAAGGACCCGGGCUCCGCAGAGACCCCUGCCGAGGUGGCCAGUGGCGGCUGCGAGGCCCUGGUGCAGAGCAGUGCCGUCAAGAUGAUCGACCUCAGCGCCUUCAGCCGCAAGCCCCGGACACUCCGGCACUUGCCUCGAACUCCAAGGCCAGAGCUGGACAUGGCCGCAUUCGAUCCUCCUUUCCCCGACCCGACCCGGGAUGGCUUCCCUGAGCCCAGCAUGGCAUUACCGGGACCAGAGACUCUGCCCACCGAAUGUGGUUUUGAGCCGCCCCACCUGGCCCCCAUGAGCAAUCCUGAGCCUCCUCCCACCAUGACGUCACCAGAGCUCGUCAAGCCAGAGCAGGGCUUCGUGUGGCAGGAGUCGGGCGAGUUCGAGGCGGAUGCAGCGGGCUCCACGGUGGAGCGGCACAAGAAGGCGCAGCUGGACCGGCUGGACAUCAAUGUGCAGAUCGACGAUUCCUACCUAGUGGAGGCGGGUGACCGCCAGAAGCGCUGGCAGUGCCGCAUGUGUGAGAAGUCCUACACGUCCAAGUACAAUCUGGUGACGCACAUCCUGGGCCACAACGGCAUCAAGCCACACUCGUGCCCACACUGCAGCAAGCUCUUCAAGCAGCCCAGCCACCUGCAGACGCACCUGCUGACACACCAGGGCACACGGCCUCACAAGUGCCAGGUGUGCCACAAGGCUUUCACGCAGACCAGCCACCUCAAACGCCACAUGCUGCUCCACUCUGAGGUCAAGCCCUACAGCUGCCACUUUUGUGGCCGUGGCUUUGCCUACCCCAGCGAGCUGAAGGCCCACGAGGUGAAGCAUGAGAGUGGCCGCUGCCACGUCUGCGUGGAGUGCGGCCUAGACUUCUCCACCCUGACCCAGCUCAAGCGCCACCUGGCCUCCCACCAAGGCCCCACCCUCUACCAGUGCCUCGAGUGUGACAAGUCCUUCCACUACCGCAGCCAGCUACAAAACCACAUGCUCAAGCACCAGAAUGUGCGGCCCUUCGUGUGCACCGAGUGCGGCAUGGAGUUCAGCCAGAUCCAUCACCUCAAGCAGCACUCCCUCACCCACAAGGGCGUGAAGGAGUUCAAGUGUGAGGUAUGUGGCCGAGAGUUCACCCUGCAGGCCAACAUGAAGCGCCACAUGCUGAUCCACACCAGCGUCCGGCCCUACCAGUGCCACAUCUGCUUCAAGACCUUCGUGCAGAAGCAGACGCUCAAGACCCACAUGAUUGUGCACUCGCCCGUGAAGCCAUUCAAGUGCAAGGUGUGUGGGAAGUCCUUCAACCGCAUGUACAACCUGCUGGGCCACAUGCACCUGCAUGCAGGCAGCAAGCCAUUCAAGUGCCCAUACUGCUCCAGCAAGUUCAACCUCAAGGGAAACCUGAGCCGGCAUAUGAAGGUCAAGCAUGGCGUCAUGGACAUCAGCCUGGACAGCCAAGACCCCAUGAUGGAGCUGGCAGGCCCCGACCCCUCUGAACUUGACAGCCGACAGGAGAUGGAGGACUUCGAGGAAAACGCCUACACCUACACCAGUGUGGACGGCAGCGCGGAGGCCAGCGCCCUCACUGAGCAGGCCAUGAAAGAGAUGGCCUACUACAAUGUGCUCUAGCGGGCCAGCCGAGUGGGCGGGGAGGGCGCAGGGGGAGACCCACGUACUGAGGGCUGCGCCUCUGCAGCCCAGAACCAAGCUACUGCCCACUGCCCAGCCCCCCCUUCCCACCCCCCAGUUAUUUGCACCACUAGGGAUCUUUAGACCAAAUGGAGACUGUACUACUGUCCUUACAGGGAGCUGGGCGCAGGCCUAGCCAUCCCAGUGAGGGAAAGGUAACCAGGAGGCCAGAUCUGGUUCUCCUUGGCCUGCUGCUGUGGGUGGGCAGGGAAAUGCUAGUGAAGUCUCUUACAGGCACAGGGGCACGGACUUAAGAGGUCUUCUCCCGAGCCACCUCAGGCCCCAUAGGGCUUCUUGAGGAAGAGAGUGCUUGAGCCGGGUCUUGUCUCUUCUCUGCACCUACUCUGAGCUUCUGCACUGGUCAGCACUGCCCACCCCCACCCUGCUCAGACCCAAGAACCUCUUUCUUUCCCCUGUCACUCGACAGCCAGGCAGGGCACUCUGCCUUCUACCUCCUGGGCCUCCCCUUGCUCCAGUCAGACACAUGCACGGCCCUAGCCCUGGCCUGGCCCUGCCUGUAGCAGAGCCAGGGAGCCCAGCCUCCAGCACACCCUCCCAGCCAGCUGGCAGAGCACCCUUGCCCUCAGCCCUGUUUGAAAGAAUGUCUCUAACACGCAUUUCAACCAAUUUCAUCCAGUUCUGUCCCAAGCUAAGGUACCGACCAUAGUGUCCUCAGCAAACAAAAUCAGAGCAUACCUUGUGUCUGGCACACAUUAACAAGGGCAGGUGGAGGCCCUGUGAGCCAAGGGAAAGAGCAGACACAUCCCUGGGACCGGGAGAGACUGUCUUCAUGGGAAGCCGGGGACGGCCACCAUGAGAAGAGGGGGACUAGAAUGUUCGGUUUUGUUUUGUUUUUUAAUGAGCAGGCAGGUGCUGUGAGGAGUGGGUGAGCUGAGACUCAGCAGGCUCCCAGGGAAGAUUUAAAAGGAAAUCGAAGACCAUAGGUGGGGUGGGGGGAAUGUGUUUGAGCAAGUGAGGAUAUUUUGAAGGUAAUUUAUGUUUUCCUUUCCAACUCUCCUGUCUGUCAUCUUCUUCACUGGAGUGAUGGAGAGGCAAGCCGAAGCUUUCUUGUGUGCUCGGCACUUCCUACUUCCCUACAGCAGCCAGGCAUGGUGGGACCUGGGCCCAGGGGGUGUGCCACUAGCUGGGAGCCUCAGAAGGCUAAGGCGGGAGGGAAGAGGAGGCAGAGAGCCGACCUGGCCCUCUCCAGCCAGUGGCUCUGUGCCAUCCAGGCUGCCAAGGCUCUGACUCCAUGGGGCCAGCUGCCCUUCCUCACCUGUCCGCUCUCCUGCCCUCUAUCCUCCAGGCAGUGACUAGCACAUUCAGAAACUCCAGAGUACCCAAACCCCUGCCCGUAAAUCUCAAGGCCCCCAAGGGUAGGAGCAGGCAGAGCACCCCUGCAAGGGCACAGAUGAAGCCACCAGCUUUGGCUGAGAAACCAAGAGGGGGACCAGCUGGGGUGGGAGGUGUUGAUUUGAAAUGCAGCUGCCCCCAAGCUUGUGUCCCCAAGCGAGACACCAAGCCAGGCCUCAGGGUGAUUGUUCAGAACCAGGGGGAGGUGAACACAAUGGCCCAAGUGUGGUCUCCCAAGGCUCCCGGCCUCCCAGGUGCCCGUCAUGAUGACCCUCAGGUGGCAGUGAAUAGGUGUCACUGUUCAAGACAUUUCUCCUGCUGAGCAGAAGGCAUCACCCCUGCAAACUACCUCUUCCCACAAUGACUUUCUCCCCUGGUACCAAAAAGCACCCUGUACCUCCUCCUCUCCUGCCAACGCAGUGGCCUUGGUCUUGGAAACAGAAGGGAGAAGUCUGGCCUGGGUGGGGUCUCUCAUUGCCUCCCAGUCCGCCAUUGGCACAACCCUCUGAGGGGUACCAUGCUCAAAAAGCCCCCUCCCUACGCCUGUGCCUGGGCAAUGCAGAGGAAGGUACACCACAGUGCGCAGUUGGAGCUGGGGGCGGUCCUGGCAAGGCUCCGGCCUCACCCCUCCCAGCCUUCUGCAAAGGGUGACUCAGAAACCCUGGCCGAAUUCCACCCUAACUUAUUCUGACGUGUAUACAAACCAACUGUUUAACGAUUCCCCUUGUGCAGAGCCCUACUGUGUUUUUAUGUUCCUGUUUAAAAGAGAAGUUUACUUAGCAAUAAUUAUAAAUAAAUGAAUAUUCUUUAGUGA